AUGCUUCCCGGCCCAGAAGAAUGCCGCCAGCCGCCGAUCAACGACGCCGUUACCUUGGCGCCAGAUGAAAGCAGAGAGACCCGUCGAAGCGGUACAGACCACGAUGUCGACGUCGAUAGUAUGAGGGAACCCGACGUCACUCUGUCCCUGGUUGACGAAUCUACGUCCACGCUGGCGCUGACAGAGUGUUCGAUCGACGCAGUGACCCAGACGUCGUUCGCCAUGCAGUCUCAGCUGCUGUGUCCAUCGUCGCUGACGAAUGAAAAAGCACAGCCUGCAAGCUUACUUAAAAGCUGCAGGAAGUCUGUGGACAGGCAGCGUACUCCGAGCAACGCCAGCGACUCUAAGGAGCGCAACUCGUCUCAGCAAAUUAUCUCGUCCCUCAGGGCGUUGCGCAACUCUAUUGCCGCGCCGUCGACCGUGCUAGAGAUGGUCCGCUCGUGCAGCGUGGUGAAGCGCACCGAACCGAGUACCAGCGAAAGCAGCACCGCGCCGCGCCAAUUAAAUCUCGCGGGCCAUUCUUUGGUCCUUGGCAUCCUGAUGGCCGCUGGAGCCAGUGCCGUUCUCUCCUUAGUCAAUGUAAUCAUUAAGCGCCUGGAAGCCGUCAGUUCGCUCGAAGUGCUCACCUUCAUGGCAUUCGGCGUCUUCCUCGGCAUCCUGCCGGCGGCCACGAACGAAGUGCAGCCUUUCGGACCCAGCAGUGCCCAACCGCUGCUUUUCGUGCGCACCAUCCUGUCGCUGGGUGCGGCCGCGUUCAGGCUGUCCAGCCUGGCCUACCUGAGCAUCGCCGACUCCUCCAUCAUCACCAGUCUGACUCCGCUCAUGGUCGCCAUCACGGCCAGCCUCUUCCUCGCCGAGCCCUGCCACUGGACGCAGGGAGUCGCCGUGGCCCUGUCCAUAUUGGGCAUAACCCUGGUGGUGAAGCCACCGUUCCUGGCCAACUCGGGAGUCACCUUCACCAAGGAGCAGUACAUCGGCAUCGCGUACGGCCUCAGCCACACGGUGCUGAACGGCGUCACCACGGUCUGCAUCCGGGCCACCAAGGGAGUGUCGCGCAGCGUCGUCGUGUUCCACUACGGCUGUCUGUCGAUGCUGCUCGUGUCGGUCGUGUCGAUCGUCAUGGGCCGGCUCAAGAUCUUCUACAACGGCUCGCAGAUCGGCUACCUGCUGCUCAUCUCGCACCUCACGUUCGCCGUCCAGAUGUUCCUCACUAAGGCGCUUCAGGUCGAGAAUGCCUCGGUUGUCACCAUUGUCAAGACGUCGGCGGACGUCCUCUUCGGAUUCGUCAUGCAGGUAUUAUGAUUGAGAGGCAGCCUCACCCCGGAAUCAUAGCAUACCUGCAAGUUCAAGGAUUCCGACUGAAUCCGGAAAAUUUCCACAACAGGGUGGGGGCGUAGGCUCGGAGCGGCCGAACACACAAUGGUAGGGUUUCCCAACUAAGGUACGAGGCUAAAAGGGCCAGCGCAAAUACUCCCAAAAUUUUGUGUCAUCAAAACAACCAGCAAAAUCUAUUUCUGUCGAAACAGCUCGCGCGUCUUCCUGCGACACAUGUGAGCGGGUGGGACGGCGCAGCUGGCUGCCGCGAAAGCGCGGGUCAAAGCUUCGCUACGUUACUAGAUUAUUAGAUGCGAAG